UGACCCCAAACCUCUUCGGGGACGGUCAUCGUCACUGAAUCCACGGCACGCAACCCCAAUUUUGCCGAUAUACGGUCUUUUUGGCACACGGAUUCAUCCAACUCUCGACUCGCCUUUAUUGUGUGACGUCGUGGGUUUCGUGAUAUUAAUAUUCAGUUUUGGUGUAGUUAUUUAUUUGAUAAGCGGAGAAUUACGAUGUUAGCUGAUGUCGAAAACGACUUGGAGGACACUUCAUACCUCUGGAGAUGAAACUUUUUUCCACUUUUUCUUUCAUCCUGAUCUUGUACAGCCCUCAGCCUUUCUCGCUAGCACAACGACUGUUGCAUUCGAGAGCAUAUCAUUCUGACGAUGACGACGAUCAUGUCGAUUACCACUAUGAAGACAUGGACGACAAACUUCUUAAUCACAACGCUUCAGCAGAAAAAGGGCAGUAUGUGGGUGCCUUAUGCGAAUUUACCUGCAGCCCAAAAUUGCUUCACGUUUACUGCAAUCCCGUUACGGGUACUUGCGACUGUGAGAAGAAGUAUCCUGUUAAACUUAAUAAUCGCUAUGCAGGCUGUAGCAAGCCGAAACAACUGGGUGACCAAUGUUAUUACAAAGAAACCUGUCAGUUCACUGACCAACAUGCUUCCUGUAUCCAAGUCCACCACAACGCCGUUUGUCAGUGUGAAAAUGGGUACCAUACCGUUUCUUUACAGAAACCUUCGAAAAGAGUCUUCUGUGCAGAAGAUGUCGUUGUUAUAACAUCAGAUUUCUCCACUUUUGCCGGCGUAAUGUCGGGAAUCGCUAUUUUAUCCGGUCUUAUAUGUUUUGUACUGCACCUCUUCAACCAGAAUUUGUAUGGAACACGCCACAACAGGCACAGGUUCGGAAACGCCAAUCUACCACCUCCCAUCUUGUUCUCCAGCGAUCCAGGAUCGUUGCCUUUACCAAUUCUGGAUCGAAGUUCGACGUCCCGAGCAUCUAGCCAGCGAACGUACGCUAGUAUGCCGUCGCGACGGUCCAGUAGUGCGCCAGGGUUCCGUUCGGGGGCCACCUAUUCUAGAGCAGGUGCGGCCCGUGCCGCGGCCAUCUUGCUGCUCUCCUACUGUCAAGUAGCGCCCCCUAUCGAGGAGUGCCGCUUUACCGAUACCAAAUUUACCGGCUCUCGUCGGCCGAGUAUAGCGUCGGUCCAUAGCGCCACUUCUAUCCGCAGCUAUAGUACUAGAAGAUACGAGAGGGAGCGGAAAGAAAAAGAGGAGAGGGAGCUAGAGCGUCGGUUUUCGAAACUAUCUAGCACGAACUCUACCAUUAGAAUUGCCCCCACACCCAGCCCCCAUUCUACCGACGAUCUGCUUCCCACUUUGGAGGAAGAUAGACCAGUACAUUGUCACAUGCUUUCUCAAGGUCCACACAUAAAAUUGUUUAAAUAUAUUCCACCUUUAGCUACAAAAGAAGAUUCCACCACUAGCUUCCCUGAGGAAUUUCCAUCGACAUCAAAACAAUAUCCAUAACGAACUGACGACAAAACACAAAAACAAAGAAGAACCUAGAAAAGAACUGAUUCUAAUGUUUUUUAUUACUGUUUUGGCCUAUUUUUAUGGAGCAAUGUUGAAUGUUGAUAACUUGUAAUUGCCUAGAAAAAUUCAUAUGUUAACCGGGUCCUUGAUAAUACGUAGGGAUCUAUGAAUAAUCGUUUUGUAAAAAGCUAUUAUGUUUUUGUGUCAAAUAAAAUAAUUUACGUAAA